GAAGGGGCGGGGCUGCGGGCUGCAGGCUGCGCGCUGUGCGCGGUCCUGAGUCGGGAUUCUGUGCCCCAGGCGGCGAGCAGCAGGGAGCAGUGAUGCUGCGGGCCGGACCACCUACCGGGGUACUCCGGGCCGGAGAAGUCCACACCGGGACAACCAUCAUGGCGGUAGAGUUUGAUGGGGGCGUGGUGGUGGGUUCGGACUCCCGGGUGUCCGCAGGGGAGGCUGUGGUGAACCGGGUGUUUGACAAGCUGUCCCCCUUACACGAGCGCAUCUACUGCGCUCUCUCCGGUUCGGCGGCCGAUGCCCAGGCCGUGGCCGACAUGGCUGCCUACCAGCUGGAGCUCCAUGGGAUGGAACUGGAAGAACCUCCCCUCGUUCUGGCUGCUGCAAACGUGGUGAGAAAUAUUAGCUACAAGUAUCGGGAGGAACUGUCUGCUCACCUCAUGGUAGCCGGCUGGGACCAACGUGAAGGGGGCCAGGUGUAUGGAACCCUAGCAGGAAUGCUGACUCGACAGCCCUUUGCCAUUGGUGGCUCCGGCAGCACCUACAUCUACGGUUAUGUGGACGCAGCGUAUAAGCGCGGCAUGUCCCCUGAGGAGUGCAGGCGCUUCACCACGGAGGCUAUCACUCUGGCCAUGAACAGGGACGGCUCUAGUGGGGGUGUCAUCUACCUGGUCACCAUUACAGCUGCCGGCGUGGACCAUCGAGUGAUCUUGGGCAAUGAGCUGCCGAAAUUCUAUGAUGAGUGAAUCUUCCUCACACAUCCCUCCUUAUUUUGUAAUAAACUUUCUGAAAUCA